AUGGAGAUGACUGCUGCCUCUGAGGGAGGCACCCACCAGGGGCUGGAAAAUAAGCAUGAAGAGAAAGUGCAGGAUCCCGACAGAGGGAAGGCAGAGACCAAGGCAGAGAUGGGGAACAAAACAUGGGCAGACCUGGCCGGGGAGAUGAAGACUUUCCUGUGGAACCCAGAGGAGAGAACCUGCAUGGGGAGAACAGCCAAGAGCUGGGGCCUGAUCUUACUGUUCUACUUCAUCUUCUACACGUGCCUGGCGGGGAUGUUUGCCUUCUGCAUGUAUGUGAUGCUGCUCACCCUGAGUCCCUACACUCCCACCUACCGGGACCGUGUGUCUCCACCAGGAGUAAUGAUCAGACCGUACCUGAACGGCUUUACUAUUGCCUUCAACGUCUCCAAGCCCAGCACGUGGCAGCCGUAUGUGGACAGCAUGCACCAGUUCCUAGCAGCUUACGAUGACAAAGUUCAAGAGGAGAAGAACAUUGAGUGUGUCCCAGGACAGUACUUCAUCCAAGGGGGCAACGACAGUGAGGAGAAGAAGGCCUGCCAGUUCAAGCGCUCACUGCUGCAGAACUGCUCAGGGAUUGAGGAUCCGACGUUUGGCUUCUCUAAGGGACAGCCCUGCAUCCUGCUGAAGAUGAACCGGAUCAUAGGCUACCGCCCUGGCGCUGGGGUCCCUGUGAACGUGGACUGCAAAAUGCAGAAAGGCAAUGAGAGCGAUCUGAGGUCAGUGGACUUCUACCCUGGAAAUGGCACAUUUGACCUCAUGUAUUACCCCUACUACGGCAAGCUCACACACGUCAACUACACGUCCCCCCUGGUGGCCAUGCACUUCACAGACGUGAAGAGGAAUAGUUUGGUCCACAUUCAGUGCAAGCUGAACGGGAAAGGGAUCAUCAAUGAUGUUAACAGCGACCGCUUCCUGGGCCGGAUCAUCUUCACACUCAGCAUCGGAAAGUAGCCAGUAAACACAAGGCAUGAGGUUAAGUCGGUCAGAGGCUUUUCCUUCUUAAAACAUAAAGACAGCUUUUUUUUUUUUUUUUUUUUUUUUUUUUUCCUUUUUUCUCCCACUAGGAAAACAGACAUGUGGAAAUUUUUGUUGAAUUAUUAUUUUUUUUUUAAUAGUUAGGAAACAAAUGAGAUGCAACCGCAUCUUUCAGCAUCUGAUAAAUCAUGAUUGGUAAAAAUUAAAAGUUACACUUUGGGCAGAGGAUUUGCAAAAGCAUUUCAGUUUUUAUUAGAAGAACUCUGGUACCUGAACACUGUUCCCAUAAGAUCUCUUACACAUGUGACCUCUGUUUUAAUCUUUACAAUAGUUUUAGGUGCAAUUCUCAGGCAACAGCUAACGAGAUGGUGGUUUAUCAGUACUAUUCCUGUUCAAAUACCAAACACCAAACGUUCUGGACGAUGCUUGCGAUGACAGUUAACAAGAUGGCAAACCUCAAAGUGCCACUGGACUGCUGGCAACAGCAGCACCCUGCCUGCAGCUCAGCCCACCCGGCCCAUACAGGGUGCUGCAGCCAAGGCUGCUUGGCCCCAUCCCCAACUCCUGGGCUGGCAGUGCAGCUGUGCCAGCCCUGAGAGGCCUCAACAAAGGCUUCCUCGGUGUUAACGAUGAUCACGUUGAUUGCUAUCUUUGUUCCCUAGGACAGCAAGGCACAGCGGUGACUUCAGCAUCUAGGCAAACACUUUGUUUCUACAGGCACUCAGACUCACUUUAGUUUUGAUUAUUUGGAAAAUGAGAUCUUUUAUUAUACUGGCCUUCAUAUUUAACAUACAGAGGGCGUAUUUCUCCUCUCAGUUACAAUCAGGACAGGACACCUUAGGACCAUGCACUUAGGAAAGCACACUUAGUAAAACUACUGACUGAACGAGAGCAUUGUGGUAUGUUUGCCCUACAUCCUCGUCCAGAUACUUAAUCUGCCAUCACUGCUGAUCUAUAUAAGUCUCUAAGAAGCCCUUUUUUGUAUUUAUUAAAAAUAAAGUGACUACUGUCUAA